ACAACAACGCCUCCUCGUGCCUGCUUAGUCGGGAAGUUUUGGAACCACCCUCACUGUGUCAACGCCAAAUGCUAGCUUGCCACACUUUAUGGAUUAGAAUGCUCAGACUAGCAUGGUGUCGCUCGGCGUCCAAAUAUAGCUGCGUGGAACCUGCGCGUCUUGUCAUUGCAGCCCUCGGGCACACGACCCCUCCUGGCAAGAGUUCGGUUAAUAGCGUAACGUUGUUCCGACAGUUUACCCACCACCACUCAGCAACCGUCCACUUCCACAGAUCAUCUUCCCUUACGAUGGCAUCAGGGGGUGAAGGUUCGUCAUCUACUCCUCCCCAACACACCAACAGGUUAGCUAAGGAGAGGUCACCCUACCUGCUGCAACAUGCACACAACCCCGUUGACUGGUAUCCAUGGGGACAAGAUGCCUUUGACAAGGCACGGCAUGAAGACAAACCAAUCUUUUUAUCAGUGGGCUACUCAACAUGCCACUGGUGCCAUGUUAUGGAGAGGGAGUCUUUUGAGGAUGAGGAAAUUGGCAAGUUACUCAGUGACAACUUCGUCUGCAUCAAAGUCGACCGAGAAGAAAGACCGGAUGUGGAUAAAGUCUACAUGACCUUCGUACAGGCAACAAGUGGAGGGGGAGGAUGGCCCAUGAGUGUGUGGUUAACUCCUGAUCUCCGUCCUUUCAUCGGGGGCACUUACUUUCCACCCGGAGACCACGGAAGACGACCUGGCUUUAAGACAGUCCUCACCCGAAUCAUGGAUCAGUGGCAGAAUAACCGUUCUCACUUGGAGUCCAGCGGGGACAGAAUCCUCGAGGCACUGAAAAAAGGUACGGCUGUGACUGCAAACCUGGGCGACAGUCCUCCUUUGGCUCCUGAUGUGGCUCAACGCUGCUUCCAACAGCUGGCUCGCUCUUAUGAGGAAGAGUAUGGAGGGUUCAGAGAUGCUCCCAAGUUCCCCACACCGGUGAAUCUGAUGUUCCUCAUGUCUUACUGGUCUGUGAAUCGCUCCACCUCGGAGGGCGUUGAGGCUCUCCAGAUGGCUUUGCAUACACUCCGUAUGAUGGCGUUGGGUGGCAUCCACGACCACGUUGCCCAGGGUUUUCAUCGUUACUCCACAGAUUCCUCUUGGCACGUUCCACACUUUGAAAAGAUGUUGUACGACCAGGCCCAGCUUGCCGUCGCUUACAUAACUGCCUUCCAGGUAUCAGGUGAGCAGAUUUUUGUGGAUGUGGCGAAGGACAUACUGCUUUAUGUCUCCAGAGACUUGAGCGAUAAGUCUGGGGGCUUCUACAGUGCAGAGGAUGCAGACUCCGUCCCAACAUCAGGGGGUUCCGAAAAGCGUGAGGGAGCUUUCUGCGUUUGGACAGCCUCGGAGGUUAGGCAGCUGCUGGCAGAUGUGGCAGUGGGUGCUAGUGGGCCCACUACCCUGGCAGAUGUUUUCAUGCAUCAUUAUGGAGUGAAAGAGCAAGGCAAUGUUGCCCCAGAACAGGACCCUCAUGGGGAGCUGCAGGGCCAGAAUGUGCUGAUUGUGCGGUAUUCCGCAGAAUUAACAGCUGCGCACUUUGGCGUUAGCUUGGAGACGGUCAAUGAGCUUUUGGCUUCGGCACGAGCCAAAAUGGCAGAAGUGAGGAAGAUUCGGCCACGCCCACAUCUGGACACCAAAAUGGUGGCCUCCUGGAAUGGUCUGAUGCUGUCAGCAUACGCUCGUGUCGGAGCCGUGCUUGGGGACAAGGCCCUGCUGGAGAGGGCGGUGCAGGCCAGCCACUUCCUCAAGGAACACCUGUGGGAUACAGAGAGGCAGACCGUUCUGCGAUCUUGUUACCGUGGAGACCAGAUGGAGGUGCAGCAAAUAUCACCGCCUAUUUCUGGCUUCCUGGACGAUUACGCAUUCAUCAUUUGCGGCUUGCUCGAUCUCUAUGAGGCCACACUGCAGACAGAGUGGCUGCAGUGGGCCGAAGAGCUCCAGAUCAGACAGGAUGCGCUGUUCUGGGAUUCAGCGGGUGGAGGGUACUUUUGCUGUGAUCCCAGUGACAGCACUGUUCUUCUGCAACUCAAAGAAGAUCAGGAUGGAGCCGAGGCCAGUGCUAACUCUGUGUCAGCAUCCAAUCUGUUGCGUCUGUCUCAGUACACCGGAAGGCAAGAAUGGCUCCAGAGAUGCCAACAGCUGCUGGCAGCCUUUUCUGACCGUCUUACCAAUAUCCCCAUCAGUCUACCCGAGAUGGUCCGUGCCCUUAUGGCACAGCACCACAUGCUUAAGCAGGUUGUGAUCUGUGGCCAAAGAGAUUCUCCAGAUACUAAAGGUCUUUUAGAGGCAGUCAACUCCCUCUUUGUACCACAUAGGAAAGAAAGAAAGAAAAACCAUACAUGUGAAUGGAGCUGCUAGUAAAGUGGAUGUCAAGGGAUGACUGAUGAUGUUUGCAGUGCAUGUGGUCCUGCAGCACCAACACCACCAUCAUCACCCACCAUCACCAGCCUUUCCAAGCUGUCUAAGUGUGAAUGUGUGUGUGUCUGUCCUGGGGCUGGAGUCCAGAUGCCUGGUUGUUAUGAUGACUGGGCUGCUUUCUUCAUAUAUCUGUGUGCGGGAGAGAGAGUCAAAACAAGGGACAAUGAGGGAUGGAUUGAGGAAGUAAAUCUCCUCAUGCUCUGCUGCACAUGGCCCUAUUCUGAGCCACCAUCAUCACUCUUCCCCAGGAAUGACAGAACUUUGUGUGUGUUUAUUGUGUUGCAUGACUUUCACGUUGGUGUCACUGAGUGGGCACCCCCGCAGUUGUGUUGCAGCUUGAUUUUAAAUUGACUGCAGAAACCACAGUGAAAUGGUGCCUUGAAGAUGGGUUUGCUGUCAACACAAGUACACAGCGUUCUUUUGUGUUUUAGCCUGGCUGGUUUGGUAGAAUGCAGUGGGGAGAGUGGGAAGAAGAUGUCACUGUGAGAAUAUUUAACGGGUGGGAGUUGUGUUGAUGUAGGUUUAAGUUUGUCUGCUCUCAUGUGUAGCCAAAUGUCUGGUGUAAUUUAACACAUAGUCACUCAGUAUGAAACUCAACAUGAUCUCGUGAGGAAUAUUUAUGAAAAAAAAACAACAACAACACAACAAAAAUUAUGGUGAGGUCUCGUCUUAUUGACUAGGUGUCUAUCAUUGUGCUCACACUGACCUGUGAGAGGCAAAAUGGGGCCACACAGGUAUCCAGACUGUCAGGAAUACAAAGAAGAAGAAAGAGUAGGUUGUGCAAUUUCUCCCACUUAAAAAGAUGAGAGAGGCUUGUAAUUUUCAUCAUAGGUAUACCUCACUUAUGAGAGACAAAAUGAGGGGGGAAAAAAUCCAGAAAAUCACAUGGUCUUAUAUUUAAAGAAUUUAAUCAGAAUCAGAAUCAUUUUUAUUUGCCAAUGUCCAAAAAACACACAAGGAAUUUGUCUCCGGUAGUUGGAGCCGCUCUAGUACGACAACAGACAGUCAAUUGACAGAACACUUUUGAGACAUAAAGACAUUGACCAAAAAAAACAAACAAAAAAAAAAAACAGUCACUGAGCAGUAAAGGGUUGCUAGUUAUCUGGUAAUGCCGUUACAUUUUUUUAUUUUUUUUUUGAGAAUUGUGCAAAAAGAUGCAGAGUCCUCUAGCACUUAGAGCAGUUCGAAUGACUAAUAUUGCAAUAGUCCGGUGCAAUGACCAUUGUGCAAAGGGCGCCGAGACUAUUAGCAAAUUUAUUAACAAAUUAUGGUGGAAAGAGAGCUAGGACCAAAGUAACAAAGGCUACCAUCAGUAAAAAACUACGCCGCCAGGGACUAAAUCCUGUAUUUCCAGACGUGUCCCCCUGCUUAAGCCAGUGCAUGUCCAGGCCCGUCUGAAGUUUGCUAGAGCGCAUUUGGAUGAUCCAGAAGAGGAUUGGGAGAGUGCCACAUGGUCAGAUGAAACCAAAAUAGAACCUUUUGGUAAAAACUCAACUUGUCGUGUUUGGAGGAGAAAGGCUGCUGAGUUGCAUCGAAAGAACACCAUACAUACUGUGAAGCAUGGGGGCAAAAACAUCAUGCUUUGGGGCUCUUUUUCUGCAAAGGGACCAGGACGACUGAUCCAUGUAAAGGAAAGAAUGAAUAGGGCCAUGUUUCGUGAGAUUUUGAGUGAAAACCUCCUUCCAUCAGCAAGUGCAUUGAAGAUGAAACAUGGUUGGGUCUUUCAGCAUGACAAUGAUCCCAAACACACCGCCCAGGCAAUGAACGAGUGGGUUCGUAAGGAGCUUUUCAAGGUCCUGGAGUGGCCUAGCCAGUCUCCAGAUCUCAACCCUAUAGAAAAUCUUUGGAGAGAGUUGAAAGUCUGUGUUGCCCAACAACAGCCCCAAAACAUCACUGCUGUAGAGGAGAUCUGCAUGGAGGAAUAGGCCAAAAUACCAGAAUCAGUGUGUGAAAACCUUGUGAAGACUUACAGAAAACGUUUUACCUCUGUCAUUGCCAACAAACGGAAUAACAAAGUAGUGAAAUGAACUUUUGUUAUUGACCAAAUACUUAUUUUCCACCAUAAUUUGCUAAUAAAUUCGUUAAAAAACAGACAAUGUGAUUUUCUUGAUUUUUUAUUUUUAUUUUUAUUUAUUUAUUUAUUGUCCUCAUUUUGUUUCUCAUAGGUGAGGUAUACCUAUGAUGAAAAUUACAGGCCUCUCAUCUUUUUAAGUGGGAGAACUUGCACAAUUGAUGGCUGACUGAAUACUUUUUUUGCCCCACUGUAGACGAAGCCAGAUUUAACUGUUGGCUUAUCUGUUAACAUGAGUGCAGUUGAAAACUUGAAAAGAGGCUUUGCUCAUGGUAGUAGACGUUGCAGAUACACGCAUGAACAUCUACAAGACAACUGCUUCUGAAGCAUCUCUUGGUAGCAUUAUUCUGCUCACUGUGACGGAUUUGAAACAGGAGUUUUGAACAGAACAUUUAUAAUUACUGAUUGAUCAAGGCAAGUUAGUUAGUUUACUAAAAUGCCUAUCCCUAGUUGCUACUACAGUGCUCCAGUGCUAAGACCUAAUCUUUUUAAUGUUUUGUGUUAAGAGACUCACUUCUCCAUCCUCUUUUUUUCUCACUGUCUGACACCCAAAGUUAAGGGUGAGUACCAAAUUUAAGUUUAACUGGAGAGUAAAUAAAUUAUUUCUGAUAUGACAGUUAAGAAAGAUCUUCUCACUUCUGCUUUUAGGGUUCCUACAUAGGGAGUCUUAUAAUUCUUUUUUUUUUUUAACCUCCUCUACACUUGUCUGACCGUUGGAACAAGAUAUGACUUAAUAAAUUGCCUGAACAUCCAAUUAAGAUUUUAAUAUUCAGUAGAAAUUAUUCAAAUAUUAAUUGAGAAAACAAGGACAAUGCUAUUGUAGAAAUGUUGUCUCACAAAUGUUGGAUCUGGACCUAGAGCUCAACAACAUCGAACCUACAUGGCUUACUAAGAACGCCUGUUAAACAAAACUGCCUUGGUGUAAACUAAACUUUCUCAUUUCCGGUAAUUGUGAUGAGUUUUUCCUCAUCAAGGUCUACUAAAAUAAUGGGCAAGGCCACACACUUUAGCUAAUUUAUAAUCCUUGUUUACAUGAAGUAUAGCCAUCUCGUACACCCUCUUUUUCCUCAUGACUCUUGUUGUCCCCAUGGGUGUUUGCAGUGAGUUGUGACACAGACACACUGCAGUGUGACCUUCUAGUUACAGGUUGUGUAGCUCCAUGUGGUCUGGGCUCGCGUGGGGACAACAUGAUGCUGACAAGCAAAAAGAAGACAGGACAAAGAGCCAAAGGUUCCACUUGGCAUGGAAAUCCUCAUCUUGUCUCCUUAGCAACAGUCACACCGUCAUGAACACAUUCCAUCACACUUUUUUCUUUUUGCCACAGUGUUCCCGUGUGUGUGUCUAAAUGUCGGAGAAAUGUUUACAGCCAGUUGUCAAUAGCACCCUGUGCAAAUCGAAUUACCUGUGCCUCCAGUUCCUUAUGCUCGCCACCAUCUGUAAACUGAAUGAAAUAGUGCAGCAUAAAUGUUUAAUAUUUUAAUGAUGACGUACGUACGUGCGUACUUCCCCCUCCUGCUUGGAUUGGUAAUAGAAAUACUUCUCCGAUGCUGUGACAGCUUUCAAACACAUGCAGUUUAACCUACUAAUUGAUUCCUGGCAUAAGAGGUGCACAUGCGUAAACGAUUUGGAACCAUUGAGGCCGCCAGUGCAUGAAAACUCAAAAGCUCAAUAUGACUGUCAAUAUGAUAGAUUCUGGUCAGUGGGCUUGGGUGGAAGGUCUUUAGGGUCCCUAAAAAAGUCUCUGUUGUGAUUCCUCUCUUCAAAUGUUAUCCACAUAAUAUACCAAAGAAUACCAUACUGUAAAGUUGUGUUCAGAAUAAAAGCUAAGCAAACUUAUUUAUAUAGCACAUUUUAUAAACAAGGAAACUCAAUGUGCUUUACGUGAUCAAAAGUGUUUUUAAAAAUAGCAAAAUAAAAAGCAUCUUA